AGAGGAUCGGGGUUUGGGGAGAACAUCACCACAUUUUUGAGAGCUUGUGUAGCCGAAAGACUCACAACAGAGAAGCUUUAGGACGUGGAGGUGGAGGUGCCAAAGAGAAAAGACGUGGCAGCACAGUGUGCUGUCCGUCUGUCUGCCGCCUGGGGUCCUCGUUUUCAAAACAAACAAAAUGGCGGCGCGCAUGAGAUGGGGUCUUCAGCAGCUUUUACGGACAAGAAAUACGGCUCACUUUAGGUUUCCACAGCAGACCAGAAGUUCAUACCACUCACUGUCCACCACCCAGAGCUUCAGAAGAGUCCAGCCUCACCUCGGGAUAGGAGCUACACAAUUCUCAAUAAGACACCUGUCCAUCCAGACUCAAGAUACACCGAACCCCAGGAGCCUGAAGUUUCUUCCCGGUAAACCCGUCCUGGGAAGCGGAACACUUGACUUUCCUUCUCCAAGCUCGGCUGGAUGUUCUUCUUUAGCCAGAGACCUCUUUGAAAUUGAAGGAGUACAGAGUGUGUUCUUUGGCCCCGACUUCAUUACUGUCACUAAAACAGACGAGGAUGUUGAGUGGACGGACAUUAAGCGUCACGCUCUGGAGGCCAUUGCUAAGUUCUUUGAGAGUGGUGAGCCGAUAACAAUAGGAGCAGUGCACCAUGAAAGCAGUCAUUCUGAAGAUGAUGAUGAUAUUGUGUCUAUCAUAAAGGAGCUUCUGGACACCAGAAUCAGACCUACAGUGCAGGAGGAUGGAGGUGAUGUCAUCUUUAAGGGUUUUGAGAACGGAGUAGUCAAGCUGAAGCUGGUUGGUUCCUGCACAGGGUGUCCCAGUUCUACAGUCACACUGAAAAAUGGGAUCCAGAACAUGAUGCAGUUUUAUAUCCCUGAAGUGGACAAAGUGGAACAGGUGGAAGAUGAAGUGGAUGAAAUCAGUGCAAAGGUUUUCUCAGAAGUGGAGCGCAAAUUGCAAGACGAGAAAGUUCCCCAGCCGACACAGUCAUAAACCUUGUUAUAUACGCAGCACUGUAGUAUUUCCACACAUUACUGUUCUAAAUCAUAAUACUGAGGAACAGAAAAUUACCUACUAUACUGUAUACUGUUAAGAGUUCUAUACAUACUGUAUUCACCCAGUUGCCAGGUAGAGGUCAUUAACUGUAUGUCUGUUUACAGAAGGUUCAGUCAUGUUUUUCUGUGUAAGCAGAACCCUGUAAAUGGUGUGUUUUUAUUUAUUAUAAAUACUGUAUAUUUUGAACGUGCGUGGCAUCGGUUAAGACUGUUUAGAGGGAUGUUUUGAUAAAAUGAUCCACCGGCUGCUGCCGCAUACCGAAUGACAAAGAAUCUGCCAGUACGGUAAUCUGUACAUGAAAUACAAAGAUACUGAGGUAGGAUAACAGUUUAUAUGUAUCCUGAAUUUAUGUGGUCCAAUGUAAUUACUUCAUUACAUUAAAGUUCACUAUUUGAAAUCUGA